UUUGACAGUUGUCACUAAACGCUGUGUAACGUCAAAUUCGUCAAAACUUUGAUUUCCGAUUUUCAUUAUUGAUAACGCGAAAUAAUGUUAUUUUGUCUGUAAAGUCUAUAAAUUGCGAUACGAUUGGAUUCUAUAUACAGUUUAUAUAACUUUAUUACAAUGGAGGACGUUUUGGACGAGAUAGUAUCUUCGGAAGAUUUGCAAAAGUUCGAGAAAGUGUUCCACGAGCAGCUGCACCAGGGCAACGUGACGCACAAAGCACAGUUCGAGUAUGCUUGGUGCCUUGUACGGAGCAAGUAUCCUACCGACAUACGAAAGGGUAUAUUGCUCCUGAAAGAGCUGUUCAACUCACACCCUGAUGGCAAAAGGGAUUACCUGUUCUACCUUGCUAUCGGCAAUGCUAGAAUCAAGGAGUACAACAAAGCUCUCCACUAUGUCAAGUCCUUCCUAGAGAUUGAGCCGGCCAACCAGCAAGUGUUGGCUCUAGAGCGUCAAAUCAACAAGCGAAUGGAGAAGGAGGGUCUGAUCGGUAUUGCGGUGGCGAGCGGCGCCGUGCUGGCCAUCGGCGGCAUCGUCGGCCUCGGCAUAGCACUGGCCAGCAAGAAAUAGCAUUUGGCCAUUCUAAUGAACGCUCUCUUAGGCGCUCAUUACCUCUUUAAGAAGAAGCAACUCAAGGAGGAUUAAGCGAACGAGGUUUUAAUGACAUUCUUAACAAAACAAACUCACAAGGCUUAGUGUUACUCUUUAUUUAUUAUAUUAUCUAUGUACAUGUACAAAUAUUCAUCCAUGAUGUUUAGUUCCAAAAAUUAAAAAUGUCAAACGCUUUUAGAUUUAUAAAAAAAAGAAUAUUGUGUGGUUUUUUGAUUAAGUAGCAUAGAUUUUUUUAAGAGUAAUAUAGAAGGUAGAUAGUUUGUAAUGUAUGUACCUACUAUGUAAUGAAUAUAAUAAUAAAUAUGUAAUGUAUUUAUUUGUCUAGGUUUAGGAAUUAUUUUAUAUGUAAGUGUGGUAAUAGUACUGAAGGAGUAAACGUUUGUCAAUGCGAUUCCAUUAAAUAAAUACACUUUUCUGUUUUGGUUACAAA